UGCAUGCGCACUGUGUCGUCGCGAAGAGAAACAAAUGGCGGUCGAGAACUGUCAAAGAAGGCUACUUUCCAGUGUUAACUAAUAUACACUGUUCUAUCAUUCUUGGGAUUAAGACAAAACUUGGAAAGGCAUUUCUUUAAUCAGAAGAAACGCACAGCUCUCCGUGACAGAAUUUCAUAAAGUGACAACAUGUAUUCAAGAGCACAUUUGUUAAUUGAACGAGAAUAUGAAAAACUCAAUGAAGCUCCACCUUGGGGAAUAGAAGCACGACCACUGAAAGAUGACAACAUAUUUGAAUGGGCAGCCAAAAUCAAAGGUCUCAAGAAUACCUUAUGGCAAGGUGGUAUAUUCCGUGUAUAUGUGAAAUUUGAUGAGCACUUUAGUCAAAAGCCACCAGAAAUCUGUUUCCACACCAUUCCCUUCCAUCCUAAUGUGGACAUGAUCACGGGUCGACCUUGUAUAGAUUUCCUCGAUGAUCAUUCCAAGUGGAAGGAGUCUUACAGUUUAUCUUUCAUCCUCAUCACCAUACAGAAUCUAUUAGCAAACCCCAAUCUUAUAAAACCGGUGAACCCAGAGGCAGCGGAGAUGAUCAUGCACUCUCCCCAUGCCUACAAACAGAUGGUACUCGACUGUGUGGCCUCCAGUCAGAGAGUAGAUGCUGGUGUGACAUCCCACCAUGACAUGGAGUCGAGGGUGAGGUUUACCACCCCGGAGAAGAUACCCUCAAGACAGCCCACACAGCGGACAGCGGGUGCCCGGAUAUCUCGUCUUUCCUUCGAUGAUUACCAUACAACUUGGUGUGGCAUAGCUACAUCGAAAUCUACUCCAGAAAUGAAAAAUCCACUGCUGGAAUCUAUCAAGGAUCAACCCUUGCUCCAGAAAGCUCACUUAGGUCUACCACAGGAAGAAAUCGAGGAGCAAAUGAAACGGCAGAUAGAGGAACAUGAUGACUUAAUGUAUGGAAAGUUCACUGACAAACCAGUGGCUGAAGAUGAGAAAGCAGCCAAGAUGGCUAAACUUAACAGAAUGAGAAAAAUUUAUCUUCCACCUAGAAUAUCCCCAACUCCUUCAGCUGUUCCACCUCCCAGUACGGGGAAGAAAGACGAACCGUUGGAUGACGAGGUGGAGGACUUACUAGCCUGGUCAUCUAAACUAGACGCCACCACAGUGGACACAUGAUGUUAACAAUCUGUAGUUCUGUAAAUCACAUACCGGUAUAUGUUUGACCUGAUGCACCAGAUAAUCCAGUUCUUAUGUGAACCCAACACAAGCUGUUUUAUAUCAUUGUAAAUCUGUUCCUUCUCGUAACUGUUCUUCAUAGCAAUAUUUGCCAAUAUGGUUAGCAAGGAAAGACAUUGAGGGCUCUAAUUGUGCAGGGCAACUGUGACAUCCCAACAAAAAAUAUGCAAAAAUUUUCAAAAUGUAUAUUGAUAUUGAUUGAUAUAUGUACAUGUAUUCUCUGUGUGGUGAAGUGUAUUCACCAUGUAGUGGUAUCAUGUAUUUUAGGACGAUAAGUCAUGCUUGAUAAUAAGCCUGACGAUAUCUAUUGUUAUUUCACUGUCUAGCUGAACUAAGUUUACCCCCUAACCUCGAUAAAGCUAUUGUUGGCACCCUGGGCUUAUUUCAAGGUAUAUACAGUUUAUCUGCGUGGUCAUAUAAGUGCAGUGAUAUUUGUUUUAUUAUCACAGACAUACUCAACACUUUACAUAUCACCAAUGGGGUGGAUUGGCUUUGGUUUAUGGUCAUGGAAGUAUAACACACGGAGAGUGUGUUGUACAUUGCUGUGGAUUGUUAUGGUGUUAGUUUAUGGUGACCAAGCUAUGUUAAAAUAUCAACUGAAUUCCUUUCCAAUUUCCAAUAUUAAAAUUUAAACAAAAAAGUGAUAUUGAAUAAAUAAACAGAAGACAAUUUGAACAUGAAAGAGGCGGAUUUCCAGAUAUUUUAUGAUUUUUUGCUGCAAUGUUAUAUUAAUUAACAUUACAAAUGACCCUCAAAUGUAUUAUAAUCUUUAAACAAAUUAUUUUCAUUACCCAGGGAUCAUGACAUUUUGCAAAAAAACUAGUUUAGAUAAAGACCUGUCAAAUUUGUUCUGAUGAACGACAUUGAUGCAAUUUUAAAGUUGCAGGGGUCAGAUGUGUUAAAAUAUUAAAUUACUUGUUCCUGAAUAUCAAAACUGAUCUGGGGUUUGUAUUUGGCAAGUACCAAUUACUGAAAAGGAAAGGUAUUAAAUUGGGGUUGAAGUCUGCACUGUUCAAACUGCAGAACAGGUGAGCUAUGCAGGCCCAUUGGGCCCUUUUUACAAUAAUACUGCAGUUUCUAAAACUGCUGUUCUUCUCUAGACUGUUUUCUAAAUCAGUUGUCAAAGAUAUAUCUAUUUCUUAGAAUGAAUGUUACUCAAAAUGUUUGGGAAAAUAUGUAUGUAAGUAUUUUUGGAAGAACAAAUGAUUGAAUGAAGAUUUAUGAAAUAUUUGAAGGAGAUAAUAUAUUUGUGAUAAUGAAAAGCUGCGUGACAGAAAAAAAAGGUUUUGAUGUGCGUGAGAUUGUAAUCGAAAUAAAAAUUACUAUUUGAAGUUUAUUUUUAUGAAUAUUUUUAGAUUAUUUUGUUCCGUCAUUAUAAAUACAUGUACAUGUACAAUAAAAUGUUCA